GUGGAGUUUCCGACCAGGCAGGAAAAAGAACAAAGGGAAACUUUGAGGGGGCGGGGAGAGGGGGCAGUAGUUACGAGGGCAGCAGAAGGGACACUUCACCAUGGACUAUGAAGUCAAGAAAGGGAAAAAGGGCCCCCUGCUAAGGCUGAUGUUCCCAAAGGCUACCCGCCGCGCAGGAACAGCCGCCCGGAGCAGCGUGAGCCGCAGGCCCCUGCACUCCAUGCCCCUGUACCCCCCCGACUACCUCAUCGACCCCCAGAUCCUGCUCUGUGACUACCUGGAGAAAGAGGUCAAGUUCCUGGGCCACCUCACCUGGGUCACCUCCUCACUGAAUCCCUCCAGCCGAGAUGAGCUUCUGCAGCUGCUGGACGCCGCCAGGCAGCUGAAGGAGCUGCCGCUGAAAACCACGGCGGAGCAGGACAGCAUCCUGAGCCUGUCGGCCCGCUGCCUGCUGCUCACCUGGCGCGACAACGAGGAGCUCAUCCUGCGAAUCCCCACGCACGAGAUCGCCGCCGCCUCCUACCUACAGGACGACGCCCUGCACUUGCUGGUGCUUAAGACAGGUCUGGGCGUGGACCCGGUGCCAGCGGGCGUGGACGCCAGCCCCGGGGGAGCCGGGCGCGACCCGGGCCCGCCGGGCGCCGCCCCCGAGAAGCGGCGGGUGGGCACCACGGAGCGGCGCCACACCAUCUGCAGCCUGGACUGGCGGGUGGCGUGGGGCGGGGCGGCGGGGGCCGAAGCCCGGGCGGGCGGCGGCGGCAGCCUGGAGCGCCAGCGCGCCGGGCCGCGGGCGUCGGGCAGCUGGGAGCGGCGGCAGACCUUCAGCGGCGGCGCGGAGCGGCGGCCCGGCGGCGGCGGCGGCGGCACCGGCAAGCCCGGCGGCAGCUGGGAGCGGCGGCAGGCGGGCGGCGGCGGCAGCUGGGAGCGGCGCCACCCGGGCUCCAACCCCCUGGACCCGGACCCCAGCCCCGACGCCUACUGCAACCUCGUCAUCCUGGCCGUGCCCAACAGGGAUGCUGCCGAGGAGUCCUGCGCCCUCAUCUGUCAGGUCUUCCAGAUCAUCUAUGGGGACCAGAGCAUCGAGUGCGUGGACCGGGCUGGCUACCACUACACAUCCACGCCCGAAAGGCCGUGGCUCUGCAGCCGCAGUGACAGCUGCCGAACUGACGGGACUUACGCCUAUGAUGCCGACUUCAGCUGCUGCAGCUCUUUCAACGGCUCCCAGGACACGUUUGAAGCGUGUUACAGCGGCACAUCCACACCCUCUUUCCACGACUCCUGCUGCAGCGGCAGCGACCACAGCGCCGUGGGCCUGGAGCAGUUGCAGGAUUACAUGGUCACGUUGCGGAGUAAGCUGGGCCCCCUGGAGAUCCAGCAGUUUGCGCUGCUGCUGCGGGAGUACCGGCUGGGGCUGCCCAUCCAGGACUAUUGCUCGGGCUUGCUGAAGCUCUAUGGAGACCGGCGCAAGUUCUUCCUCCUCGGGAUGCGGCCCUUCAUCCAGGACCAGGACAUUGGCUACUUCGAGGGCUUCCUGGAGGGCGUGGGCAUCCGCGAGGGCGGCAUCCUCACCGACAGCUUCGGCCGCAUCAAGCGCAGCAUGAGCUCCACGUCGGCGUCCGCGGUGCGCAGCUACGACGGCGCGGCCCAGCGGCCCGAGGAGCAGACCUUCCACCGGCUGCUGGCCGACAUCACGCACGACAUCGAGGCGCUGGCCCCCGACGAGGACAGCACGGACGAGGAGGCGCGGGGCUCCCCGGGCGGCAACGAGGCGUCGGAAGACAACUACCUGUAGCCGGAGGCUGCCGCCGGGCGGAGGGCGGAGCGCGUGGCCCUGCAGCCUGGCCUUGGACUCUCACUCCGGCCUGGGGCGAUGCCCAUCCUCUGGGCCCCUCCUCACCAGGCCACCACCCCCAAUCCCGCCUCCAUUCCCCGUCUCAGAUCCUGCCCUAAGGGCUCCGGUUCCUACUGAAGUCCGAGGCAGGGGCUUGGGGCUCAGCUAGCCACUCUGCACACCCUCCCGGGAUGGGCAGCGGCCCCCUGGCCCCCUCCUCUUCCCAGGAUCCGCAGCAGGAUACCCCCUCCUCCCUGGCUGCGCGGCUUUCUGAAGGCCCCGCGAGGGGCGAUGAGUGGGCUCCACCUUCUGGCCGACUGAGAAAAGAAUCCCCACAGCCUGGGAGACCGCAGUUCCUCCUCCUCUACAGCCGGAGGAACCGAGGUUGAAAGAGGGAAAGGGACUUGAGGGAAUCUCCUGAUUCUCCUGCGAUGCUAUCUCAAACCGACCAGGCUACGUCUGCAGAGGGUCUUUUUAAGGCUCUAAAUAGCAGGGACUCCCCCGACCCCCACCCCCACCUCCCCACCACACUGAAUCAGAUCAUCAGUGUGGAGUAGAGGUUUUUCUCUGCUGGGAGUUGACUCGGAGGAGGGUGAUUUGGGUCCCAGUCCUAAGACUCCAAACAAGUUGCUUAUUCAGAUCUUUGAUUUGGAGCCGGACAGACUUAGGGCUGCCCUCUCCAACCUGCCUUUGGAUCUCUUUGGCUACCCAAGACCCCUGAGAGGGGGUCUGGUUAGCGUCCUAGCCCCUGUGCCCCAUCUCCUUGCAUGUCAGAUGACAGGGGCCCCACCUGCCUCAGGGGGAGGUCACGGAGAUUAACCAAGGUCAAGACCUUAGUGCUGAGUCUGCCAUAGGAUGGCCCUCAGAAAAUGCUGUUCCCUUCCACAUC